UUUGAUGCCUCCCAGGAAUGCCAGUGGCCUGGGGGACAGAGAUGCCUGGACUUGAGCUGUGGAGAGAGAAAACUUCAAGCGAGAGGCGUCUCCAGGUAAUUUAUCCUCAACAUUCCAAACUUACUGAUAAAGAGAAAACCAAUAUUUGCUAUUUGUCUUUUCCAGAUUCAAAUUCAGGUUGUCUUGGAGAUACGCAGUUUUGUUUUAGAUUUCGACAGUCUUCUAGGAGGAGGGUGUCACUUCACUGUCUCCUGGAUCAGUUUGACAAAGAUUUACCAGUUUACUUAAAGAAGGAUCCUGCUUAUUUUUAUGGAUAUGUGUAUUUCCGGCAAGUUCGAGAUAAAACUCUAAAAAGAGGCUACUUUCAGAAGUCCUUGGUUUUGAUCAGCAAACUACCUUAUAUUCAUUUUUUUCACACUGUGCUCAAACAGAUAGCACCAGAGUAUUUUGAAAAGAGUGAACCUUAUUUGGAAGCAGCUUGUAAUGAUGUUGAUCGAUGGCCUGCCCCAGUGCCAGGGAAAACAUUACAACUGCCUAUCAUGGGGGUGCUGAUGAAGGUGCGGAUCCCCACAUGUCAUGACAAACCUGGAACAACUCAAAUAGUGCAGUCAACUCAGCAGGCAGACACACAUAUAUCUGUUAUUUUACCUACUGUUCAUGAAGUGGAUCUUUUCAGAUGUUUCUGUCCAGUUUUCCUUCAUAGUCAGAUGCUUUGGGAGCUGGUGCUGCUGGGGGAGCCUCUGGUGGUCAUGGCACCAUCACCUUCGGAGUCAUCAGAGACAGUAUUGGCCCUGGUUAACUGUAUUUCUCCAUUGAAGUACGUCAGUGAUUUCCGACCUUAUUUCACGAUUCAUGACAGUGAAUUCAAGGAAUAUACUACCCGUACUCAAGCCCCGCCCUCUGUCAUAUUAGGAGUAACCAACCCUUUUUUCGCAAAAACACUUCAGCACUGGCCACACAUUAUUCGAAUAGGAGACCUUAAACCUGCAGGUGAAAUUCCUAAGCAGGUUAAAGUAAAAAAAUUGAAGAACCUAAAGACUCUGGAUUCUAAACCUGGAGUUUAUACUUCCUAUAAGCCAUAUCUAAAUAGAGAUGAAGAAAUCAUAAAACAAUUACAGAAGGGUGUACAACAGAAACGUCCCUCUGAGGCUCAGAGUGUUAUUCUCCGACGCUAUUUUUUGGAACUGACACAAAGCUUCAUCAUUCCGUUAGAAAGAUAUGUGGCAAGCUUAAUGCCUUUGCAGAAAAGUAUUUCUCCGUGGAAGAGUCCACCCCAGUUAAGACAAUUCCUUCCAGAAGAAUUUAUGAAAACACUUGAGAAAACAGGACCUCAGCUGACUUCUAGAAUAAAAGGCGAUUGGAUUGGACUUUACCGGCAUUUCCUAAAAUCUCCAAAUUUUGAUGGUUGGUUCAAGACCCGGCGGAAGGAAAUGACCCAGAAAUUGGAGGCACUCCAUCUAGAAGCUCUUUGUGAAGAGGACUUACUUCUCUGGACCCAGAAACACACGGAAGUAGAAACAGUAGACCUUGUACUGAAGCUAAAAAAUAAGCUGUUGCAGGCUGAUCGAGAGCAUUUACCUGUGAAACCUGACACUAUGGAAAAGUUACGGACACACAUAGAUGAAAUUAUCUUAGCAUUGCCAGAGGACCUACAAGGCAUACUGCUCAAAACGGGCAUGACAUGAUAUUUGCCAGGACUGUCCAGCCAAAACAGACUGUGCACCAUGAAGCAUACUGACAUUUCAACCGGACGCACAAAGGAGAUCAUCUCUCGGAGUGGAAAAUAGCUGUGAAUGCUAGUGACAGGGUGGAAAGAUGAUACUGUAUAAACAGACUUUUUAGUGCAUUAUUUUUAAGAAUGAAUAUCCGUGGUGGUUCCACUUUAAUACUGAAACACCGAAAGGCAUUUCUGUAUUUUUAAUCAUGUUCUAAAGUGCUCUUAUGAGAGACCUGUGGGGCCAUCGUUAUAAGUGAUUCCAAACUGCAGUGCUGGCAUUGCAGAUAUUUUUUUAAAUUGGUGCUGCUUUGCCCAAUCAUGUUAAAACUCAGGGGGAUAUAAAAAUAACAUUCACACUGGCUGUCUUCUUAAGAAGAAGGAAGACUCAACUUUAAACUGUAGUUAGAAGGGAUGAAUGCUUUUGUAGUGCCUUCUGUUGUCCUACAUGUUUCAUACAGCCCAGCUGCUGAUCUUGAAGCUUUUUCUUAACUUGAUUAUAAUCUGUAAUUUUGUAAGGCAUUCUUCUGAGCAAUCAUUGCUUAAAAAUACAUUUAUUGCCCCCCAUCAUGCUUAUUGAGUAGUGGCUUUUUUUUUUAAUUAUCAAGGUUUCAUUUUAUUAUUUUUUAUACCAUUUUCAAAUUUAAUCCUAUCAGUUUCUUCAAAGGCAAAGAGGCAUCUAAUAUUAAUUAUGGAAGAGUUUUUAUUUCCUCUUACUCUUUACUAAUUGGACCUGGUUAACUUAAUUAGCUUGGAUAUUUUUCAAAGAUAUUCUAAUUAUAAAUCUCAAUCAGCUAUUUUUAAAACUGAGCUAUUCUUAUUUCAGAGGCAUUCAUAAACCUUUUAUGUGACAGUCAUUUGAGUGAUCAUAAGAUUGAUUUCCAGUGUUACUUGUUUGGUAGGGUUUUCUCCCCCAAAUUAACUUUUCUCAGAACACUUUCCAUCUUAUUGUACAUGCUAACUUUUGCUUGAAUCACUGUUCUAGCUAGCUUUGUCAUUGCUGUUUGUCUUUGUUUCUCUUUUGUUUUGUUUUAACUAUACUGCCUUGCCAAAAAUAGAAGAUUGUGGUUUGGUAGAGUAAGGUUUCUUAGUUUGUGUUUGGAGUGUCCUGCAGAAGCCACUAUUUAAAAUAGGCACACCUGACAUAGCCCAUAUGUAAAUAGCUGUGUCUUGAAUUAUCCUCUAAGUAACCAAAUUUAGUUGUAUGUGUUUGUAAAAGAAAUGGCUUCAGAAACUAUGACCUUGUUUGCUGUUGAUAUAACUCUUAAGGGCACUCCUGACCCAAGAAAGGCUCCUUAUGUUUGUAACUGUGGUCUUAUACUCAAUGUGCCCUUUUGUCCUGGAUACAGUCUCUUGAAGCAUACCUCAAAGUCAUAGAGAGAAUAUGGCAUUUGAAAGAAAUCGUUUGCCUUGGAUCAUAGGAGUUAUUUUAUUAAACAACAGUUGUCCUUAUGGAAAAGGAACAACUACUUUUAUAUGAUAAAGUAUUUCAUAUCUUUCUGGGAAACCUUAUUUAGGUAUAAAUGGCCAUCUUAUUAUUUUUCAAAAAGGUGUAUUUUAAUAAUCUUACUAUUUAUAGGCAGUUUGUGACCAGAGUUUAAAAGUUGUUAAUGUCAUAUCAAGAUCUUUUAAAUUAUACCACUCCAGGAUGUAUCAUUUCAAGUUUAUUUUGCACAGCUGAAGAGUAGCAAAGGAUGCCAAUUAGCAUAAUAAUGGUAUCUUCAUAUUACUGUAUUUAACUAAAAUCUAACACAUGUUAAAAACCAUAUCAUACUUAACUGGUUUACCUAUUAACGUCACAUUAUGGACUUGUAAAAAAACAGCUUAAAAUUGCGUUGGGAACCUGAGAAAGACUGACUGGUAACUGAAUUUUUUGAGUGAUUUUCAGAGUUGUCCUUUUCUCUUUUUGUUUUUUGAGGACACAUUGUUAAGAUCUAAAACCUGCCAUUUAAUGUUUAUUCUCCACCAGCAUCAGAAGGAAUCACUGCUUUCAGUGUGUUAUGUGAUGCCUAGUGCCUUCUGUUUUCAGUGAGAAAGAGGUUUUGUGAAGGCAUCUAUGGUCAUUACCAAAAACUGAAUUAAAGGCCUUGGAUUUUAAA